GGGUGGAGCGGGACACAAGCGGCGUUCGUCCGCUGCUCGUAUCCACCCAGCCAAUCAUGACCGAGUGUCCACGGUGAACCAGAGGAGAAGCGACUCCCUCAGUGAUGCUGACUACUUUGUCUCGUGGGGGUCUACUGUCAGAGGGGUCUUCCUGCCUGCCUUGUACCACACCUUCAAGUCUCCAGACCUGGAGAAGUUGUACCAGCAGCAUGCAUCUAGCCAGAGGAUAACCUCUCUGGUCUUCACUAAUGUUAUCGACAUCAUCACCAAACUCCACAUCCUGGGUCUGACCCUAUGGGCGGGGCCUCAGAGCCUGGACACAGCCAACAGUUGGCUGGUCGGCCUGUUCAUCGCUCUGGGGGCUGGACUCUGCGUGCUGGUGCUCUGUUGUAAGGGGAUGAUGUCAUCACCAGAAUGGCUGAGGUACAUGGCUCUAGCCAGCUGGUUGUCUCAGACGGUGCAGGUGUUGGGAGGUGUGGUGGGGGGUUUGGAGAAGGACCAGGCCUGGUACGUCCUCUUUACACUGUUUGCCACCUACACUCUCCUGCCGCUCCCCCUGCUCUGGUCCCUCUCCACCGGCCUGCUCACCGCCGCCCUGCACCUCCUGGUGGAGACCGUCCACCACUACGAUGACACCGCGCUCUACAGAAAGGUUCUGGCGAAGGGCUUGUUGUACCUGGGUAUGAACACAGCGGGGUUGUUCAUCCACUACCUGUCAGACCGCACACAGAGACAAGCCUUCCUGGAGACACGACGCUGCAUUGAGGGACGAGUACGCCUGGAGAGAGAGAACCAGAGACAGGAGCGCUUGGUGAACUCCAUCAUUCCGCGGUUUGUUGCCUUGGAGAUGAUCGCUGACAUGUCCAACAUGGAUGACGACCUGUUGCCACAGCAGUUUCACAAGAUCUAUAUUCACCAGUACAAAGACGUCAGUAUUCUGUUCGCUGAUAUAAAAGGCUUCACGUCUCUGUCCAUGGUCCUGUCGGCUCAGGAAUUGGUCCGAACGCUCAACGAGCUGUUUGGACGCUUCGACCGCCUGGCUGAGGAGCACCACUGCAUGCGUAUCAAGAUCCUUGGGGACUGUUACUACUGUGUGUCAGGAGUCCCAGAGCCUGAGAGAGCUCACGCUCUCUGCUGUGUGGAGAUGGGCCUCUCCAUGAUCAACACCAUAAAGUAUGUGCGAAGGGAGUUGAAACAUGAGGUGGACAUGCGAAUCGGCGUCCACUCUGGCUCAGUGCUGUGUGGGGUGCUGGGGCUGCAGAAGUGGCAGUUUGAUGUGUGGUCCUGGGAUGUGGACAUCGCUAACAUGCUGGAGGUAGGAGGGGUGCCGGGCCGUAUCCACAUCUCCCGGGCAACGCUGGACUGUCUGGGCGGGGUCUAUGAGACGGAAGAGGGGCGUGGCCACGAGAGGAACGAGUUUCUACGGAAACACAAAAUUGACACGUUCCUGAUUCGCCACACGCCCAAUGAGGAGGCGCCUGCCAAGAAGGCUUGCCGGCCCAGUCGAGACGAGACCGUUAAUACUGGCUGGAGUACUGAGCUGCCGUUUGGAAACAUCAUCGGAAUGAACUGUAUCCUGGCGACCUUCAGCAACGGCUCACUGGCCCAGUUACCCAACCAGCUAGCGGCUCAGCGGACGGGGACGCGUGAAGUCAACAAGAGGAUCCGCCAGGCCAUCGAGGUCCGGAGCAGCGAACGCAUGAGACAGGAACACAUCACCACCUUCACACAGGAGUUCAAGGACACACACAUCGAGGGCAAGUUUUCCCAGAUGCGUGAUGAGAUGUUCAAGUCAAACCUGGUCUGCUCCUUCAUCAUAUUCCUCUUCCUCAUGGCUGCACAGGCCCUCGUCCCCGCCGCAAGACUGUGUCCUAUGCUGGUUCAGUUUGGAGUGUGUGUGUGUGUGUAUGUACUGUUGCUGGUGGUGGUCCUAGCUGAAGAGUUUAAACAGAGCCCUCUAGUGCUGCAGGUCCUCUGCUGCUGGGUCAACGAGACCAAGAGUGUCAGAACACUACUCACCCUCACCGCCAUAAUCAUCAACUUCGGAGUGGCCUCGUCCGAUAUACUGUGGUGUGUAGAGUCUGAGAUGGACCCUAACAAUAGAAGCAGCUCUCAGCAGCAGACCUGGUCCUGGCCUAUCAACAUCUGUACACACCCUGAGUUCCUGGUGUUCAGUGGGGUUGUGGCCAUGGUAUCGUGUGCAGUGUUCUUCAGGCUGCACUGUCUACUGAAGCUAGCAGUGUUACUACUGGCCAUAUCUGUCUACACCUACCUCAUAGAAGUCAGCUACCACACACUGUUUAUACGCCAGACCUCCGAAAACACCCGGCAGCAGUACCUGAGGAGGAAGGAUGUGUGUGUUCUGCUCAUGGCCAUGUUUGUGGUGGCUGUACUUUACAACAGUAGACAGUUGGAGGCGACGGCGCGGCUGGACUUCCUGUGGCGUCUGCAGGCCAGACAGGAAGUGGAGGACAUGAAGGAGCUGAGGGAACAUAAUGAGUGUUUACUCUUCAACAUUCUGCCUUCACACGUCGCACAGCACUUCCUGGAGAGAGACCGCCAUAAUGAGGACCUGUACUCCCAGUCCUAUGAGCGUGUGGGGGUGAUGUUUGCGUCCAUCCCCGGGUUUACAGACUACUAUGAACAGAAAGAGUUGAUCCAUCAGGAUGUGGAGUGUCUACGACUUCUCAAUGAGAUCAUAGCUGACUUUGACGAGUUAUUAGAUGAUACAUAUUUCCAGGACAUUGAGAAAAUCAAAACCAUUGGCAGCUGUUACAUGGCUGCUUCUGGCCUCUCUCCCCAUCAACAGGAGUGUGAGGAUGAGUGGCGUCACCUCAGUGAGCUGGUGCUGUUUGCCCUGGAAAUGCAGGAGACGCUCAAACGAAUCAACACACACUCUGGGAACAGCUUCCAGCUCCGUGUUGGCAUAGCCCAUGGUCCAGUGGUGGCUGGGGUGAUAGGAGCCACUAAGCCUCAGUAUGAUAUCUGGGGAAUGACUGUCAACCUGGCCAGCCGUAUGGACAGCACCGGGGUCAGUGGACGCAUACAGGUCCCAGAGAGUACCAGUCAUGUCCUGGCGGAGCGUGGCUUCGUUCGGGAGCUGAGGGGGGAGAUCUACGUGAAGGGUGUGAGCGAGCGGCAGGGGAACGUCAAGACGUACUUCGUGAGGAGCCGCGAGUCGUGUUCCAGCUGCGUGGAGCGCAGUGUGAACCGCGGGGGUUUGGGCCUGGGGAGGAACACUCUGUCUGCUCUGGUCUUUACCCUGGUCCAGACCAGGAAGAGAGAGACACAACGAGAGGCCAACGGAGGGUUCCACCUGCUGGAGGUCUCGUAGACCUGGGGCUGUAUAUAAUAUAAGGAAAGAAAGGGGAGAUCAUUCAGCAUCUCCUCGUUUUUUGGAUUAAAACUGCUUUCUA